GGACCCUUCUGAAAUCUUCAAACCAAACCAUUACCACACAAACCUACAGUCCUUAGACAGCCCUCUCUAUCUUGUACUCUCCAUGAAAAUUACUUAACAGCCCAUUCCUUCCUCUGCUUUGUCCUCUUCUUUGUCUCUUGGAUUAAGGGUAGUUUGUGGUUUUCCUUGUUUGGGGAGUUUAGCUUCUGGUUGCAAUUAUUGGAGAGGAAAAAAGAGAAAGAAACUCUUUUGGUUGAUCUUAUUCUCUACGGCACAUCUUGUUCAUGAGAAAGACUUGAAAUAGUGUUCCAUGGUUGGUUUCUUGAGUCAGAAGAAACUGCGAACUAAGAGUUCGUAGUAUGUCAGCAAAGAAGAAAGAUCUUUUGUCCUCAGCCAUGAAGAGAACCAGUGAAUGGAUAUCUUCUCAGGAAGUCUCUAGUGAUGUCACCGUUCAUGUAGGAGAAGCUUCUUUUUCACUGCACAAGUUCCCACUCUUGUCCAAAUGUGGGCUUAUCAAGAAACUUGUGUCUGAAUCUAAAAACGAUUCAGAUGCUACUGUUAUCAAAAUCCCAGACAUCCCUGGAGGCUCUGAAGCAUUCGAGCUAACAACUAAGUUCUGCUACGGUAUUAACUUUGAUAUGAGCACAGAGAACAUAGCCAUGCUUCGAUGUGCAUCAGAGUAUCUAGAGAUGACAGAGGAGCACUCUGUUGAAAACCUCGUUUCAAGAUCCGAAGCUUACUUGACUGAAGUAGCUCUGAAGAGCUUAUCGAGCGCAAUCACAGUCUUGCACAAGUCAGAGGACUUGUUGCCCGUUGCUGAAAGAGUGAAACUUGUGAGCCGUUGCAUCGAUGCAAUUGCUUAUAUGACUUGUCAGGAAAGCCAGUUCUGCAGUCCUACGAGUAAUAACAGUAACAAUGAGGUUGUGAGCAAGCAGCCUGUGGUUGAUUGGUGGGCUGAAGACUUGACCGUUCUUAGGAUUGAUUCGUUUCAACGAGUUCUCAUCGCAAUGAUGGCUAGAGGGUUUAAGCAGUAUGGACUUGGUCCAGUGCUUAUGCUCUAUGCUCAGAAAUCUCUUCGAGGGCUGGAGAUUUUUGGUAAAGGAACCAAGAAGAUUGAACCAAAACAAGAACACGAGAAGAGAGUGAUUCUUGAAACAAUAGUAAGCCUUCUUCCACGAGAGAGAAACGCAAUGUCAGUUAGUUUUCUCUCGAUGCUUCUGCGUGCAGCAAUAUACCUAGAAACAACGGUUGCUUGUAGGCUUGACUUGGAGAAGAGAAUGGGGUUACAGUUGUCACAAGCCGUACUUGACGAUCUCUUGAUUCCCUCUUACUCUUUCACUGGAGAACAUUCGUUGUUUGAUACAGACACUGUUCAACGCAUUCUCAUGAACUAUCUUGAGUUUGAAGUUGAAGGAGUACGGUUAAGCAACAAUGGUGCUGAUCUUGCUGGUGACAUGGAACGUGUUGGUAAACUGAUGGAGACUUAUUUGGCUGAGAUAGCUUCUGAUAGAAACGUGAGCUUACAGAAGUUCAUAGGUUUAGCUGAACUUAUCCCUGAACAGUCUAGAGUUACUGAAGAUGGGAUGUACCGAGCCGUAGACAUCUACUUGAAGGCGCAUCCUAAUAUGAGUGACGUAGAGAGGAAGAAAGUAUGCAGCUUAAUGGAUUGCCAGAAACUAUCACGUGAAGCCUGCGCUCACGCAGCUCAGAACGAUCGUCUUCCCGUUCAAACCAUUGUUCAAGUCCUUUACUACGAGCAACAACGUCUACGAGGAGAAGUCACUAACGAUACAGAUCCUCCAGCAGCACCACCACCACAACCUGCAACAGCUGUUCUUCCACCUCCUAAGCUCAGCUCCUACAACGACGAACUCUCCAAGGUGAAACGCGAGAACCAGGACUUGAAACUUGAACUUCUCAAAAUGAAGAUGAAGCUUAAAGAGUUUGAGAAAGAUAAUACUGAGAAGAGAUCAUCAUCAACAACAACCAUGAGCAGCAAUCAUAGUUCUCCAAGAUCAACUGCUUCUAUGGAUAAGCCUCCAUUGCCAAGAAAGUCUUUCAUGAACUCUGUUUCAAAGAAACUUGGGAAGCUAAACCCUUUUGGCAUUCCACCUAGAGGCAGAACCAAACCACCUAAAGAUCGGAGACACUCUAUUUCUUGAAAGAAAAAAAACAUUUAGUAUAUAAAUACAUGAGUAUAUGUUUAAUUUUUGUUGGGACUUCUAAGUUCGUUCAAAUGAUUUUUCUACUUAUAAACAUUUGUUUUCUUUGUGUGCUUAUGGUGUAUAUUCCUACAUAAAGCUGGUAAUUGCUUUAAAUGUAAACUUUUUCAUCUUGUUCAUUAAAUUUUUACGAAUACACCAUUUACAGUCA